AUGCAUUUCAGUAAGCUUUCCCUAGGAGUUCUCCUUUUGGUCCUGGACUGCAUCGCGGACAUAUGCGAGAAUCCCCCGAUACGUAAAGAAUGGAGAGAACUAGAUCUGGACGAGCGCCAUGAUUAUAUUCGCGCAGUUCGUUGUCUAGCCUCUCGACCGGCGAUAUCUGGUCUUGAGAAUGCGAUCACGCAUUUUGAUGAUUUCCAGGCUACUCAUAGUGAUCAGACGCCGAGUAUACACUGGGUGGGUCACUUUACUCUAUGGCAUCGAUACUUCGUCGCAACCUACGAAAAAGCCCUCCGAGAAGGGUGCGGAUAUAAAGGCGUACAACCAUACUGGAACUGGUCCCUAGACGCCUCAUCAACAAACAACUCCUCAAUGAAAAUAUUCGAAACAGACAUCUUCUCCGCACACCGCGGAUUCGGUGGAAACGGGAAAUAUCUCACUGCAAACGCUACUCAGAACCCCUUCAACCUAACAGGCCGAACAGGCGGCGGAUGCGUUGAGGAUGGCCCCUUUGCGCCUCCAGAUUUCAUGCUCGCCGUCGGAAACCCAAAGGGUCAACCUGAUUGUUUGCGGAGAGACUGGAUUCCCUGGAUUAUGAAUUACUUUGCGCAACAGAGUCUUGUAGACGAUGUUCUCGCACAGCCGGAUUACACUUCGUUUGCGCGGGCGCUUGAGAACAUUCCUAGCUUUUCGGAGCCUAACAUUCAUGGGGGUGCGCAUUUUGGAGUUGGGGGUGUUCUUGGGACUUUGGGGAAUUCGGCUUUAAGUCCUGGAGAUCCUCUCUUUUUUCUUCAUCACUGCAACCUCGAUCGGAUCUUUUGGGAGUGGCAGAAUCAAGACCUGCCUACGCGCUUCCAUCAGGUUGGUGGUCCUAUCAUGCCGCUUGAUUACGGUGGGAAGAAUGUCACUCUAGACUUCGAGGUGAAUAUUGGCAAGCUUGCAUCUAACACUACGCUUGAGAGCCUGCUCAAUACUCAAGGUGAUUUUCUGUGUUAUACCUACUCAGGCUAA